AUGAGCCUGCGGCCAGAGGCCAACUGGACUGCACGCUUGCCGAGCAACUUCGUGAUCUUGGGCUUCUCGGGCUGGCCCCGGGGGCUGCGCGUCUUGCUAUUUGCGCUGGGGCUGCCCCUCUACGCGGCCACGCUGGCCGGCAACCUGGUGAUCGUGGCUCUGGCGGCCGCGGACCGCACGCUGCACACGCCCAUGUACUUCUUCCUGGCCUCACUAUCCGCCGUGGAGGUGGCCUACACGCUCAUUCUGACUCCCAGCACGCUGGCCGGCUUCCUGCUGCCCCCCGGGGGUCAGCCGGUGUCGGCUGCCACCUGCGCGGCCCAGAUGGGCCUCUUCGUAGCCCUAGGCGGCGCCGAGUGCCUGCUGCUGGCCGCCAUGGCCUUGGACCGCUACCUGGCCAUCUGCCGCCCGUUGCGCUACCCGCAGCUGGUGACGCCCGCCCUGUGCUGGCGGCUGCUGGCAGCCUGCUGCGCCAGCGGGGCCGCCCUGGCCCUGGCCCUCACCACGGCCAUCUUCCAGCUGCCCUUCUGCAGCGGCCUUCUGGUCAACCACGUCUUCUGCGACCUGCCCGCACUGCUGGAGCUGGCCUGCGGGGACAAGGCGCUCCAGGAGCGCGCGCUGCUGGCCGCCUGCCUCCUGCUGCUGGUGCUGCCCCUGGCGCUCAUCCUGCUGUCCUACGCGCACGUGCUGGCCACCAUUCUGGGCCCGGGGGCCGGGGCCGAGGGCCGCCGCAAGGCUCUGGGCACAGUGGCCUCGCACCUGACCGUGGCGGUGCUGCACUACGGCUCCGCCACGGCCAUGUACGCGCGGCCACUCGAGGGCCGCUCGCUGGAGCAAGACAAGCUGGUCUCGCUCGUCUACAUCUACCUGACGCCCCUGCUGUACCCGGCCAUCUACACCCUGCGCAACCGGGACAUGCAGGGGGCCCUGCGCCGGGCGCUGGCCAACCCGCACACGGCCAGCCUGGGCUGCCGGGCCUGA